GGGAGGCAUUAUAGAACGAGGAUGGCAUUCUGCCAGGUGUUGAAUAUGACUCUGAGACCACAGCAUGUUCAUGUGUGUCUGUAAUGUUGUCUUUCAGGAGACAUAAAGCUAACAGGUCCAGCUACAGGCGACUCAAAUGUGCAAGAGAGAACGGAACCGUCAACGGUCACCGCUUCUAGACCACUGAAGACCACACUGAUGACCACCAUCUCUGUUGGUCGAGUAAAGACCUCCACACCCACCAGCAGUCGGGAUAGACGAUUGAAGAUGGAUCCGGUGACGAGCAGUCCAGAUAGACGAGCCCAGAUCCUGAAGAUGCUGUCAGCGCUGGAGGAACUCAGCAGGGUGAUCAACAGCACUCUGAGCACACGGAUGACCAUGAUGCCCAGAGGGUCAGCAAACGGCAGAAAUUCAGGAAAGAAGAAGAAAGCGGUAGCUGAGGCGGAUAGAGUGAAAACCACCACAGUGCCUCCUGUGGAUGUUGGAGGUAGCGUCACUGCAUGGCCCAGCACUGACGGCAUAGACAGUCUGAGUGGCCGAAACUUCAAGAAGUCCCUCCCACAGCAACCCAAGAAGCCCAGCAACAAGAGAGUGUGUUUCUGGAAGUACUGCUCCCAAAACUGAUCCUCCACAGACCCUGACAAACACCCCUAUAAACAUCCAUGGUACCCUCCAAACCAACAUUCCCCCCACCCUGCACCCGGGCACUAGGCAACCAAUGCGGCAAGGCAUCGGAUGCCUGGCGCCACCACUGACCUUUUCAUUGGCUCAUGAAUAACAGUACUGACCAAUCAGGUUGCCCCAUCAUUGACGUGUGUACUUGUGCCUAUGUGCACGAAAGUCUGUUAACCGUUUAUAGAAGAGAAAACACUGUGUGUGAUCUGUAAUAAAGAUGACCUGAGCAUUAUAAAACUAUAGGACAAUAAAGAGGUUUAUUUUUCGACA